CCGAAGUCCGCAAAUAAAUGACUUUGUUUUGUUCAGAGGAGGUUGACCGUGUUCACAAAGAGAUACAGUAAUAUCAUCCAGGACAUUAAGGAUGAAGACCUUUUUGGCACUGUGUCUCAUCACCAUACUGGUUGUGGUAGCCACCAGAGUCAGUGCCGAGCUCUAUGAUGACCACCAUGACAACAACACUAUUGUUAUGAUGCGAGACAAGAAAGCCAAUCCAAAGCCUUGCAUGAAGAAUCUUGACAAUAACGCCUACAACAAGUUCAAAAAGAAACACAUUCUUGAUUCUAAUUUCAACUUUGCUGACAAAACAGAAUGGAGCAAGUACCUGGCUAAAAAAGAGCUCUGUGGAAGAGUCCCUGUCCAGUCUUUUUUCCAAAGAAAUGAUGAAGGAAGAGUAAAAUACAUCUGCAAGGAUAAAGGUUUUGUCUAUAAAGUUAACCUCUGUGUUAGCCAGGAAACGUUUACAGUGUUCCAUGUCACAAGCACUAAGCCGUGUGAAGUCACUGAGGUGGUGUCAAAAAAGGAAAAGGUCAUGCUUGCGUGUGAUACCAUCGCCAAUGUUGAGUGUCUACCUGUUCACUAUGAGAAAUAUAACGGUCAGCAUCAUGGAUCCCAAAAAUGCCAGCAGAUGCUAGCAAAUGCCAGUCCUCUGUUUGCAAUCCCAUUUUUAGACUUGAUCAAAAUUGUCUCCAUCAUUUUUGUUUUGACCUAGAGCCCUCUAUUUUUAAUAACAGGUGACGUUUGCAUUUACUGGCUGUCAUACACAUUCCUUUUAUCACUUGCAAAUAAACCUAUUACUGUUAGUGUUACAUUUCAUCUUGUGUCAUGUUAUUAAUGUGAGAAAACCUUCCCUGCUUUUGGCUCCUACCAACAU